AACAGUUUUUCAGGGUGGCUCAUAUACCGGAAGCGGGUAAAGUUAGCAUUACUUCCAUGUAUCUUGUGGGUGAUGAAAAAACUAUGGUGGAAACCCAGAGUUGAGGAUUCUUCACGCCAACCUAUCACCGAUUGGCCAGAGAUGAAACAAGAGCUGAGAAAGAUGUUUUUGCCGUGUAAUGUUAUGUUAAAGGAAAAUCCUCUUAAGGAAGGCCUUAUACUUGACUAGUGUAACAUUUCAUUUACUUGUUCUCUAUCGUAUUAUUUCAUUUGAUCAACUGUAUCGCCAAAGGUAUUAUUUCUCUUUAAUACUUUCUUUUUUCCCUAAAUAUUUUGUUGGCCUGUUCAUUCUCUCUGACAUAUAGAUGGAGCCUAUAUUUUGAUAGAAUAGCAAACUGAAACUUUUAUGUUUCUCAGCAGUAACGAUUCGACAGAAACCAAGAUAAGCUUGAAGCUGUUUAUUGAUAAAAGGUCCAAUAAAGUCCUCUUUGCUGAAGCUCGAAAGGAGUUUGUGGAUUUCCUAUUCUACCUCCUUUCCUUGCCUGUAGGUACCUUUAUCAGGCUCCUCAAAAGUGGAAACAUGGUUGGCUCUAUAGGCAACGUGUACCAGAGCCUGGAAAACUUAAAUGAAGCUUAUGUGCAGCCCAAUCAACAUACGAAUUUUCUCUUGAAACCUGAUAUGCCAUAUGUUGUAACCAGUGUUCCUCCCCUGUUGCCUGACACUAGUCAGGAUCCAGCACAGAGAAAGUUCUAUAAAUGUGCAAACAAUCAUCGUUACGCGACGGACAUUUUAAAUGCAAUUUGUCCUUCCUGCAAGUCCUCAAUGUCUAGUGAAGUGACUUUUGUUGGUAGGAAUUCUGAUAUGGCGGGUUCAACUACUGAGGGAGGUGUUGAGAAGGGCUUGGCUACAUACAUGGUGAUGGAUGAUUUAACGAUAACACCAAUGUCAAUGAUUUCUGGUGUUGCUAUGCUAAAUAAGGGCAAUGUUAAGGAUUUCAGUGCUCUUGAGGAAAGAAUGGUUUGAGUUCAGCAUCAACGAGGGUCUGGAGAUGUUGAGGGCUUCUCUGCAGUUAAAGGCCGCUCUAGCCCAUGUCUUCAUUGUGAACGAGUUAAAGGAAGUUUAAAUCUCUUACUGGAACUAGUUUUUGCAGGGCUUUUGAGAAU